AUGUCAGAACCCUGCAAUCUUCAAGUUCACGUCAAUGGCCGCCAAACCUUCUUCCUCUCUCAGAGAAUCAUGUGCAAGUACUCAACCAAGUUGAGGAAGAUAAUCAAGCAAGAAAAACGGAGGACCCAGAUCAGGAAUCCGGGUAUUCGGGUCGACGAUUUCCCCGGCGGGCCGGACGGGUUCGAGCUCGUCUCGAGAUUCUGCUACAACAACGGCGACACUCCGAUCACCGUCUCCAACGUCUCUCUCCUCCACUGCUGCGCCGUGUUUCUCGGCAUGACGGAGAAGGCUUCCCCCGUUAACCUCCUCCACCAGACGGAAGUUUUCCUCGACGGAAUAUUCCACUGGCCGUGGAAGGAUAUUCUCACCUGCCUCAAGAACUGCGAGCCCUUCUUCCCCUGCGCCGAAUCUUGCGGCCUCGUAGAGAAGCUCCUCUGCUCUCUCCUCACCAAAAUCGCGCAGAAUUCCGAUGCGAAUUCCCUCUCCGUUUCUUCGUCUUCGUCCUGCUCCUCUCCCGAAACAGCCCGAACUUUAAGCACACAAGGUGUUUGUUAUAAUGGCUCAAUGUCAUCGAGAAAAGCCGCCUCAUCCGCCGCUUGGUGGUUUCAAGAUUUGACGAUUUUAAGCCCGAAAACAAUCGAGCAUUUCCUCCGUUCGCUAGGCGCCUACGGCGCCGAAAACAACAACCUAGUCCUCACAAGAUUCCUCCUCCACUACCUCAAAACCGCAAUCCAAAACAACAAGAAUCUUUAUAUCCCGACGGAAUAUACCGGCCUAGCCGACACAGCGUCGCAUCCAUCUGUUUCGUUGGAGGGGCGAUCAAAGCUAUGUCGAUGCUUGAACUACAAAAAGCUAAGCCUAGAAGCAUGCAAAGACCUAGCGAUGAACCCUCGGAUACCUCCUAGAAUCGCGGUUCAAGCACUGGCUUCUCAGCACCCCUCUGCAGCCACCUUAAAAACGGACGAAUUCGCGAGUGACAACGACGGUUCAAUAGCCGGCAGCACUAGUUGUCACAAAAUCGACGAUUAUCAGUUGGUUAUGUACAAGAAUAACGAGAGCGAUGAUGGUAGAAGUAAAUCGGAGGAGGGCGAAGAAGAGGAAGAAGAAAUGAAAACGAACCUCGAGAGAAUGCAGUGGAGGGUUGUGGAAUUGGAGAAAGUGUGCCGAGAAAUGAAGGGUCAGAUGUCAAGAAUGGUGAAGCUUUCGCCUCAGCAGAAUAGACAUCUGCCUAGAAUGUGCUGA